AUGGACUAAUGUAGAGAAUUACUCUCUAGGUAUACCUAGGAGUACGCCCUUGAUGAAUCAACUAAACUUAAAGCAGAAGAGCUCUAUCGAGAUUACAUGAACAAGACUUCUGCUUAGUAAAAUGUAGGUUAAUAGCUCCCCAUUUUCGAUUCCCACAAUGAGCCCAUUUCCCAAUCAUUAUUAUUAUAAUUUCUGAAUAAUGAGAACUAUCCACACUUAGUUAUGAGAAACGCCAUUCUGAUCGCCUCGAGAUGCUAAGAGUACAAAACUAUUGACAACAUUACUGUUAGAGGAACCGACUUGUCAAUAACACAGUUCCUUAGAGGUAGUCCAGAAAUAAGCAUUGAUGAUUUCAUUUACAUCAUGGGUCAUUUUUUGGAAAUAGUCAAGCUUGAUACCUUGGUUGUUAAUGAUUGCAAGAUAAUAAUUGAGAACUUUGACUAAGCCAUCACAGUGUUCAAUAAAUUUGAGGAACUUUGGGCCAAGAUCGGCAUCAAAGAUAAAUCUCUAGAAAAGGCAAGCGCUGAUAAAAUCAAGAAGAUAGCUUGGCUAAUAUUUAUAAUAGGCAAGGUCAGAAUUCUUUAAAGAAGAGGUGAUCUCGUAGAAUUCGCCUAUUUACUAGUAGCAGUACUCAUACUUAUCAUACAACACUUGCCUUAGGAUGUUUCAUGUGAUUUAGUCUCAAAUUUCAAAAGGGAUAAUGGUCACAUUGAGAAUCAAUAAGAGAUAUCAAUUGCCUUCCAAAAACAUCUCAUAAAUUACUUCAAGAGUACUAUCAACGCUCAUGAUGAAGACCCUAUAAUAGUUUCUAAAGAAUCAAUAUAAGAAAUGCUGACUAAAUUGAAACAAAGAGACAUUAUAAAAGGAAUCACAGCAGAAUCAAGUCACAAAGAACUAUAAAUAAUGAAUCUCGAUAUCUUAUGUCAAAUACCUUCUAAGUGCUUGCAUGGAAUCUUAAAUUCAGACAACUUGAUUGGAAACUUCAAAAAGCUGGAUCAAAUUUAUCAGUAAAAGUUAUAGCCUACUGAAUUAGACGAUAGACACUUUAUCAACACUGACACAAGGAAUCUCACUCCAUGCAAACUCUCCCCAUUUGCUAGACAUAGUGUUUUUAAUUAAAAACAAGUACCAACAACUCCUUAAAAGCAACUUAGUAACGAAAAUACUCUUGAGCCUCCUAAUAAAAGAGUCCUUCACUCUUCAAGGUUACUAAAUUAUGAUUAAAAUAACUCUAGUAAAAUGGAGAACGCAGCUUCUAUCUCACUAGAGUAGAAACUCAAUGAGAUUAAAUUCCCUUAAAGAGUGCCUAAUUCUCCCUACUCUAUCAAAUAAAUUACACCAGCUACUCCAAUCAGUAUGAUGAUGGAGUUGAAAAACUGGUUAAAGCAAAAUUUGGGGAGAGUUUGCAUGCUGCCAGAGCUCGGAGUUUCAAAAGUAGUUCAUGACUUUAUCUAACCAUCAAACUUAGAGUAGAAGUCUUAAGUGAUCCAAUAUGUCUCAAACGAAAUUGAUAAAUAUUUGAAGCAAGUAAUUGAGCUUUUAGCUGACAGAGAGGGUAAAAAAGAAGACUAAAUGGUGCUAGAUACUUUUUAUCACUAAUAUGGAAGUGAUACCAAGUAACUUACCUUCAGAAUACUAGAUGAGCUCCUUAUCAAGGAGUAUAGAAGUUCGUAAGCUCAAUAGAGAACAACAGAUUUCUCCCAUCUGCUAAUGAAGGACAUUUUCUUGAAAUCAGUCUUCGUUUGUGCCCUUGAAUCAGUCUUUUUUAUUUAUAUGGUGAAGAGAGUUCAAGUUCAUGAUAUCCUCCCUUUGAUUAACUUAAAGGCUUUCGAUCUUUGGAGACUGCUAAACAGCUUCUUGAAAUUCGAUCAAUAAAUGCCGAAAUCACUAAAUGAUCACUUCAGAGAUAUUGAGAUAAGAAUUGUUAGUGAAGCUGCUUGGGCUAAUGGAUCUCCAGUAGUUGAAAUAAUAAGGCAAGUGUUCUUAGAGUAAUAGAAAAGCAUGUAAAAUGCAAAUCAAUAAAAUAAAUCUGAGGAGGAAUAGAUGAGACUAAGAUAAGAGUAGAUCAUGCAAUCCUAUAACAUGUUUUUCAAGAGAGUAUUGCAUUUAGCAGCUUAAAGAAUCAUCGAUUUAGGGACUUAAUUGUAGCUAAGCGAUGAUGUGCUUGAGAAGGUUUGGAUUAUAAUGAAAUGCUAGCUAGGACAUGAACCUCAACUACUAGUCAAUAGACAUCUUGAUCAAUUUGUAAUGUGCACAAUUUACUGUGUUUGUAAGAUCUAACCAGAACUGCAAAUUUCAUUCAAUAAUAUCAUCAAUAAGUACGCUGAAAUCUAGAAAAGCUAAAGAAACUUUGCCAAUAUAUAUCUUCAAGUCUUAUCUUCCAAUGGAGAGAGAAAAGAUAUCAUCUCAUUUUACAACGAAGUAUAUAUCAAGAUAAUGAAGGAGUAUAUUACUUUCAUCAAGCCAAACUUUGCUCAGCAACAGUAGCAAGCUAAUAUCAUCUCAAAUCCUAACAUUCCAUUGGGAUCAAGAACACCCUAGAUUAGUAGGAAUUAAAUUUUAACUCCAUCUAUCAAUAAACCUUCUAUCAAAGUCCUUUGCCCUGAGUCCCCAUUAAAGUAGAGCUUACCUCCUCCAAUCAUGCAAUACAACACCAUCUUCUAAUAGAACCCUAGAUCUAAUCAUUAGACCCCUCUAAUACCUCAACGCUACAUGUAAUCUCCUCUUCAUCCACAUAUGACUCCAAGAACUGUUUAGCUUUACGCCUUCGGAGAGACUCCCACUGGCGAACUAGACAAAAUCUCUAGCUUGUUCAACAAAAGUAACCUUUAAGGUGCUUAAAAUCAAUAAAACUCCUUCUAAUAACCCCCUCCUAUUGGAAUGAACAACAACAACAGUAUGGCCUUCAAGAAUUCCUUGAUCCAUAAGAUAAAAAAUAAGAAAGGAGACGGAACAGGGACUAGUGGUAUGGCUGAACCACAGCUUAUGCCUACUAUCAAUAGAAACAAUCUGAAUAAGAUUGGGGCUGGACUUUUGAACGAGCCUAAAUUAAACAAGCCCUUGAUAAUGCCAACAAUCAAGCCAUAAUAAUAAUUAAAUCAGUCCUAAUAGUAAUAGAGGAAGAAUUCAGAUUCGUAGAUGAUUGAGCCCUAAAUCAUGAUGACUACUACAAUAAAGCAAGAGAAGGAUGACAAAAUUCAAGAUAAUGGUAUCCCCAGUACCACUAACUCAGCAAACAUCACCAUCAAUAAUACUUAGAGUCUAUAAAAAUGA